CUCAGACCUGAACGCCCCCCCCCCCUCUAAGCCAGCUGGUCUGGCUUCAGUCACUUUUCUUUCGUUCCUCGUGUUCUUAAAGGAAUCCUUGUUUGACACAAGAGACCCGCGGAGCCUCAGCUGGAGCUGGAGCCCUCCAGGUGCGCACUGAAGAGCCUGAGGAGCGUGCGUGCUGCACGCGACCGACCCGCUGGCCGGAGUCACGCGCACAGGUGAGCUCGGCUUCGUGCGUCCGGGACAGAGUGCGCGUGCUGUAAGUGCGCGUGCGCGGUGCGUGCGGGAUUGACAACAAGACACGCGGCGCGGAUCUCCUCCUCGCGACCACACCGAGGAAGUUGAGGAACUUCUCCCCCCGUUUCUCCCCCUUUUCUCCCGUGUUGUCCCCGCGAGGAGCCGGUGCAGCGGAGAGCGCGUUUCCACGGCAACACGCGGAGGCGUUUUUGAACAUUCAAAAGUGACAAACUGUGAGGACCAGGAAGUCCAACUAAAAACACCAGAGAAGAAGAAGACGUUUGUGUAGAAGCAGAAGAAGAAGCACAAACUAAACGUCAGAAAGCCAAGAUGGGGAGGAAGAAGAUCCAGAUCGCGCGAAUCAUGGACGAACGGAACAGACACGUGACCUUCACCAAGCGUAAGUUCGGGCUGAUGAAGAAGGCCUACGAGCUGAGCGUGCUGUGCGACUGUGAGAUCGCCCUCAUCAUCUUCAACAGCACCAACAAGCUGUUCCAGUACGCCAGCACCGACAUGGACAAGGUUCUGCUCAAGUACACCGAGUACAACGAGCCGCACGAGAGCCGGACCAACACCGACAUCGUGGACACUCUGCGUAAGAAGGGCCUCGGCGGCGCCGACAGCCCCGACCUCGAAGCCGACGACUCAGCGGGUCAGAGCCCCGAGGACGACGACAAGUACCGAAAAAUCAGCGAGGACAUCGACCUGAUGAUUGACAGGCAGCGGCUGUGUCAGGGUUUGGUCCCCUCAGGAUACGACCUGGACCUCUCCGGCCCCCCCAGUGCUCCCAGUGCUCUGCUGUACUCACAUCCUGGGAUGGGCUGUGGUUUGGGGGGGCUGCUGUCCCACGGCCCCCUGCAGAGGAACGGGUUGUCCCCCCAGAGGCCGCCGAGCGCCGGGGACGCAGGACUGAUAAACUCAGAGCUUCAGGCUGCACUCGUCUCCAGUGUUGGAGACGGCGGCUACGGUAACCACGGUAACCACUGCUCGUCUCCGGGAGGCGUGGCCAAGCACCUGCAGGAGAAGACUCCUCCCCCGAUGAGCGUGAGCCGGAAGCCGGACCUCCGCACGCUGCUGCCCCCCCCCAACAAGUGCAGCAACAUGCCCCCCAUGAGCCACAGGAUCAGUCCCUCUCAGAGUCUGUCCCUCUGCACGCAGACGCUCCCGGGACAGCUGGUGGGGGGACACCUGUCCUCCUCCUACGGGACAGACUUCGGCGGUGACCCGUCCUCCCUCAGCGGGUUCGGAGGUUCUGGUCUCGGGUCGGUACCGAGCUGGCAGCAGCAGCAGCAGAUACACAACGUCCAGCACUCGGCGCUGGGUCACAUGGGAACCUUGUGCCAGAACCUGAACGUCUCCUCCGCUCACCACCCGAACCUCCACAUCAAGGCCGAGCCGGCCUCCCCCCCCCGGGACCGGGGGGGCCUUGGCAUGGCGGGCGCGGGGCUGGUCGGCGGGUGCGUGACCUUGGCCGGGUGCUCCGUGGGCCGUUCCCCUGGCAACAGCGCCUCCAGCUGCGGGAGCCCGUACGAGGGCAGCGAGGAUCACCGCGGCAACUUCCUCCUCCAGCCGCUGGCCAAUCAGGAGCAGCGCCACAGCCCAGUGAAACGCAUGAGGCUGUCGGAGGGCUGGGCCACAUGAAGGAGCCGCCCUGCA